GUGGGCUGCGUGGCCAUCUUGGCUCACUCGUAUUCCGUCUGUUUGGAGAGAGCGUCUGGCUGUAUAGUCACUCUGGCCCUCAGCUCACUGUGCAGCCCCGGCCGGCCUGGAACUCCCAGUGAUCUCCUGCCUUGGCCUCCCCACUGAGCACAGGCGUGCGCCACCACGCCUGCUGCCUCUCCACUGUUCAGGCUCAGUUUGGGCGGGUAGAGGAGCCACAGGUCCACCGAUCUGGGUCCCUGACUGGUGUGGGCCCGCAGUGACUAUCCCUGUCCCUGACACUGGGGAGGCAGUCAUUGUCCCCUGCCCUUGCACCUGUCCUGUUAAUCGCCCCCACUGUCUCCCCUCUGUGACACGCAGUGGGUGGGACAGCCCAACCCCGCACCUAAGACUCAGCUGAGAUAACAGGUGGCGUAUGGGGGGGGAUCUUGGGUGCCUAAGCCCCACCCCCAGGCUCCAUGUCACCUGCAACCACUGGCUGGGUCCUCCAGUCCGCAGCGAAUCGUCCUGCCCUUUGAAGAGGGAUGUGAGCGGGACUCUGGGCUGCCAGAGACCUCAUCACCGCCGCCUGAGGGCUCUGGGAGGCCCUGGGUAAUUUGCAUCUCAUUUGCAAGUCUGAUUAGCCCUGCGGCCUAGAGGACGCCCCACCUCUGCCCGCCGCCAGGGGGCGCACAAGGCAAAGCCUUGGCCGAGAGCUGAGCCUAAAAGGUCAUCGUGGUCCGCAGGACUGCUGGGUUUUGGCCUCUGUCACAUUCUUACCCUGGUUCCUGCCUCUCACGCGAAGCGUGCUUCCAAGGGACCGAAUUACGCGGCAUUGCAGGAGCUCGGGUCUGCUCCCACACCAUGGCAAAGCUCCCAGCCUCCCUGGAGGGGCUCUCACAGGAUGCCCCCGGGGUUCAAAGGAGCGCGCAGCCACUCUGCUGAGACUGACCGGAAGUGACCCCAGCCCGGGUUGAUCUUCAGAUCUGAGGCUGCUAAAAGGAGACCGGAGAGGACGGUGACCUUCGGAGGCCAGGGUGACAGACUUCAGCUGCUUUCUGACCUGACCUCCCGGUCCAAGACCUGGCUUUUGUUUCAGGCCUGCUCCUGGCCCUGUGCUGUCCCCCAACAAGCCUCUGGGUACCCCACAUUGGCCCCCACCUGUCCUUUCUCAGGAGACCCACGGUGAUGCUCCUUGCUGCCACCAUCCACCUGGCCCAGCCCAGAGGGGUCCCUGUGCUGGGGGACCGCGAUAGACAUGCACCCCAACUUCCCAGGUCCACUCUGGGCUGGAUGAAGGGCUGGGGGUAGGGGCCCCAAACAAGCAGGAUGGAAGGGGAGUGGGGCCAGGGAGGGGAGGCCCCUGCUCAGCCCUAGCCCUUCCCGCCACGCCCCGAGGCUCCCAGAGCUGCUCCAGCUGCCGCCCUCACGUAACCAGAGCCUGCCUGUUGCAUCAGAGCCUGUCGGGGAGGCCACGGGUAAACAGAGCGGCCCUGGGGGGCCCGGGGCUCCCCAGCCACCUCCAGGCUCCCCAAGCCUGCUUCUGCACCUUGGAGCCCAGGCAGAAGCCCCCACCCUGGGCCAGGUGUGGUCUGGGACACCCAAGGGUGUGGCAUUGAGCAGUGAAUGGGGAGGGACACUAGGAUGCCCGUGUGAACCCCAGUUUUUAUGUCUAAAGAGAAAGUUGUGACGGUUCUCGGCCUUUGGGCUAAGAUCAGGUGACAGAGUUGUAGCUGGGCGAGGUGUCACACUGUGUAGUCCCAGGACUUGAGAGGCCAGCCUGGGUCACAUAGCGAGACCCUGCUGUCAAAAAAGAAAAACAGUUGUGACCAGACUUAAUGAUCCAAACUGUACAGACUGGUAAACUGAAGCACAGGGAGAGACACGAGUCCGCCUAGCACGGUUCCCUGCCUCAGUGUCCCCCACACAUUGGUGUCUUCCAUGUGCUUCUCCCUGAGCCCAGGGGUCUGCUUGCUGUCUCCUGAGGAGACAGACAGUAGACAGCUGGGGGAACCUGCUUGGCUUCCCUCUGUCCACCCCAGCUGAUCCCUCCUCUGGGGCUCCAAGCUCCUGCCUGGAUCCUUCCCACCCACGGCUCUGCUCCAUCUCCUCCAUCUUACCCCCAGUCCCCACCCUGACAGUAGGUGCUCUGAGCUCCUCUUUGCAGGUGCCAUCCUCUCCUGAAAAGCCCUUCUCUCAGUCGCAAACUCCUCCUCAUACCUGAAGGCCCAGUCCAAAUGCCCCAUCCUCUGGGAAGCCCUCCCUGACCCUUCUGGCUCACCCCUUGACCUCCAUUCUGGUUGGCUGCAGCCUCCUAUCUCAGGUGCCAAGGCUGGCCUCACAUUUGUGAUCCUCCGGCCUCAGCUUCCCGAGUGCUGAGAGUACAGAUCACCCAGCCACAUCUGACCUCAGAAGUGGAGAUCAAGAUGGGGCCAAGAGUGAUGACCUUGGGCUUGUGGGGCUCCUGGGACCCGCGAGAGUCCAGCACCGUCCGCGGCCAAACAGUUGACCCAGGAACCCUGUCUGCAGCCCCUCUGCUGUGUGAGCUCAGGAGAGCGCUGUCUGCGAGGAGGGCUGGGUGCCUGAGGGACAGGCCCCGGGACCUGGCCACCUUUCCUUCAGGAAUGCAGGAGUCCGGUGGUGAUCCGUUAGGGACAGGGUCUAAUUUGAGGCCGGCCGGAAGCAUUAGUGAGGGCUGGUUUCCUGCAGCCCCUCUGCUGCCCUUCCCUUGCUUUUUGUUUUGUUUUGCGGUGCUGGGAGGGAACCAGGGCCUUGAAGGUGCGCUCGCCGCGGAGCCGCGAGGCCCCCUCCUGCCUCCUGCCUACCCGCGAUCUCAGCCAGCAUCCUUCCACCUCCGAAUCCCGGGGCGGGGCCACGCCCCAGGGUCCGCCUAUCGUAGCGCCUGGACCACGCCCUCUAUGCAAAUGAGAGCCCGCUGCCCCAUCAGCUCUCGAGGGCGUGGCCGCCGCUGGGAGGACACCUGGGGCCACAGGCUCCAGAGCUCAGACGGUGGUGGCCGUGGUCCGCGCGCGUGCCUCCCAGGAGGAGCAGAUCCAAUCGCGCUUGGCCGGGACCAUGGGGAGGAAGAAAAUCCAGAUCUCACGUAUCCUGGACCAGAGGAACCGGCAGUCCAGGUGACCUUCACCAAGCGGAAGUUCGGGCUGAUGAAGAAGGCCUACGAGCUGAGCGUGCUGUGUGACUGUGAGAUCGCGCUCAUCAUCUUCAACAGCGCCAGUCGCCUCUUCCAGUACGCCAGCACCGACAUGGACCGCGUGCUGCUCAAGUACACCGAGUACAGCGAGCCGCACGAGAGCCGCACCAACGCCGACAUCCUGGAGACAUUGAAGCGGAGGGGUGUGGGCCUCGACGGACUGGAGCCAGAGGAAGGCGCUGAGGGACCCGGAGAGAAGCUGCGGAGGCUGGCAGGGGACGGAGGCGACCCCACCCUGCCCCGACCGAGGCUCUAUCCAGCCACCCCCACCAUACCCAGCCCGGACAUGGUGUAUGGGGCUCUGCCGCCUCCAGGCUGUGACCCCAGCGGACUUGGGGAGGCCCUGCCGGCCCACAGCCGGCCGUCUCCCUUCCGACCAGCCGCCCCCAAAGCCGGGCCCCCAGCCCUGGGACAGCCCCUCUUCUCGCCGAGCCACCUGUCCAGCAAGACGCCGCCCCCCCUGUACCUGGCCGCGGACGGGCGGCGGCCGGAUCUGCCUGGGGGCCUGGCCGGGGCCCGAGCGGGGCUGAGCGCCUCGAGAAGCCUCUACGGAAGCCUGCAGAGCCCGAGCGCCACGGGCACCCCGGGACCCCCCCUGGGGGGCUUCCCGUUCCUCCCAGGUACCCCGCGCUCCGCCUGGGCAGCGUCCCACCCUACCGCCGCGGGGUCCGUGGGGGUCGGGCUGGGCCCGGGCGGGCAGGGAGGUGCCCCCAACUCUGCUGCCCUCCUGCCCCCAGAAUACAGCCUGGGGGACCCCCCGCCGCCCCCUGGCCUGCUGCAGCCCCCCGCCCUGGUCCCCUGGCAGGCGCCGAGGGGGAACGGACCCCCGGCCAUCCCUGCCCAGCCAGGCGGGGUACGCAGCCUGGGAGAGGGGGGAGCCUCCCCGCCUCCUGUCAGCGUCAAGUCGGAGCGCCUGUCACCUGCCCCGGGGGGCCCUGGCGACGCCCCCAAGUCCUUCCCGUUCCCGCUGCUCCUGCGGCCCGGGCCACUGCGCCGCCUGCCCCCUGCCGACGGUUGGCCGCGGUAGUGUGCGGGGUGCUGGGGACCCCGUGUUGAGGACACCUGCAGUGGGGCUGGGGGGAUGCCUGCCUGCGUGGGGCUCCUCUCCCCUCCCCAUUUGCGCUUCACCAAUAAAACACGCGGGGUCCUGGGCCCUCCCAGUGCCCCCUUUGUUGCCUUGU